CGUCACUCCCUUACGCCGGACAAACCCCAGCUCUUGCCGUCCAAAGGGGCUUCCUCUCUCCCUUCUCUCUUCCGACAUUCUCUCUCUUCUCUCUCCCUCUCCAAAACUAAGCCAAAUCCCGAAGCCAUGAGGCUCAAUCCGCUGAUCCCAUUCUUGGCCUCACUCUCCCUCCUCUUCUCUACCGUCCGUUCCUCGUCCGACGGCCAUGGAAGCCGCAGAGUCCUCCACCAGCCCCUCUUCCCCAUCCAAUGGACCCCUCCUCCUCCCCCUCUCGAUUUCUCCGACCCUCCCCCUGCCCCCGCCGGUCAAACCCCGACUGCCACCGAUGUUUCCGCCCCAUCCUCCCCCUCCAAUUCCCGUUCCACCACCACUAAAAACAUCGCCAUCGGCGUCUCCGUCUCCGUCGCCGCAUUGGCCAUUCUCUUCAUCUCCGGCUUCCUCCUCUACCGCCACCGAAUCAGAAGGCCGCCGGAUUCCGCCAAACUAGUCGCCAGCGGAGGGCGGUUGCGAACACCUGGCCGCCCCGCGGCCACCGCCGCGUUGGAGGUUUUAUACCUCGGGACGAUGGAGCCGGCGAGCCGGCGGGUGAGCGGCGAGCGGAAUGGAUCGCCGUAUCGGAAGUUCAGCUCGGAGCGGGUAGUGGAGGUGCACCACCCGAGCCCCGAGCUGCGGCCGCUGGCCGGGGCGCCGCGGCCGCCGCCUCUGCUGCAGCGGGGGCUCGUUCCUCCGCCAGUGGCGUCGUCCGAUGAUGCGACAUUCUACAAACCGCAGCGGUCGUUGGCGUCGAUGACUACUGGGAGCCCGAGCACUCCGGUGUCGCGCCAGAGCGUCCCACGCGUAGUAAGCGCCGGGAAGGACGUGCUGCUGGUGCUUACGGAGGACAGCUCUCCUCCCCGGUCCCGGAGAAGUUCUCCAAGAAGGCAGCUUUCUAAUGGUUCGGUAUCCGAUGCCAAACAAAUGAUACCACCGAUUAGCCAGCAGCCUCCGCCACCGCCGCCGCCGCCUCAACGUCCGCCCCCGCCGCCGCCGCCUCAACGUCCGCCACCGUCACCGCCGCCUCAACGUCCUCCACCACCACCGCCAUCUCCUCCGAAAAAUGAAAAUAUGGUCGGAAUGCGGCCAUCUCAGCCUCCGCCGCCGCCAGCUCUAGAUGUUGCAGGGAGAAACAAACCGCCUUCAGACGCUCCUGCGGCGCCAAUGCCAGCUGAACUAUCUCAAAGGCGUCGGUUAUUGAAGCUUUUUCCACCCAAACGUGCUCCAAUUAACAUCCCAAUUCCUAUCUCCAAAUUUAGCAAGGGAGAUGUCUGCUCUUCGUCACAGCCAGUUGAUCGAACAGGAGAUGAUUUGGAGGGUGAUGCGAAACCGAAGUUGAAGCCCCUGCACUGGGACCGAGUGACGGCGAGUUCGGAUCAGCCAGUGAUCUGGGACCAAUUGAAAUCGAGCUCAUUCCGAUUGAAUGAAGAUAUGAUUGAGGCUCUGUUUGUCAACAAUGCCACAAAUCUAGUUCCUAAAGACAGCAACAGAAGAUUGGUUCUUCCGCCAUUCAAGCAGGAGAACAGAGUGUUAGACCCAAAGAAGUCACAGAACAUAGCAAUACUCCUGAGGGCAUUGAAUGUGAUGCAAGAGGAGGUAUCUGAGGCGCUUUUAGAUGGUAAUCCUGAAUGUUUAGGUGCUGAGCUUUUGGAGACUUUGGUCAAGAUGACUCCAACAAAGGAGGAAGAAUUAAAACUCCGACACUACAACGGUGAUAUAUCAAAGCUUGGGUCAGCAGAGCGCUUUCUAAAAGCAGUGCUGGAUAUACCUUUUGCCUUCCAAAGAGUUGAUGCAAUGCUAUACAGGGCCAAUUUUGAGAUAGAAAUCAAUUACCUAAGGAAAUAUUUUGAAACUCUAGAGGCAGCUUGUGAAGAUCUAAGAAGCAGUAGACUAUUCUUAAAACUCCUGGAAGCUGUCCUGAGGACCGGAAACUGGAUGAAUGUGGGCACCAAACGAGGUGAGGCAAAAACUUUCAAGCUUGAUACUCUUCUAAAGCUCGCAGAUGUGAAAGGGACAGAUGGGAAGAAAACACUGCUCCAUUUUGUUGUCCAAGAGAUCAUCCGAUCAGAAGGAUCAGGUUCUGAACCAACAGCAGAAGAUCUUCCUAAAAAUGCCAGGGAAGAGCAAUUUAAGAAACAAGGCUUAAAAGUGGUUGCUGGGCUGAGCAAUGAGCUUGGAAACGUUAAGAAAGCAGCUGGGAUGGACUCAGACGUCCUGAGUAGUUACGUCUCAAAGCUAGAAAUGGGGCUUGCGAAGAUAAGGUCAGUCUUACAGCUUGAGAGGUGGUGCACCCAAGGUAAGUUCUUUGAGGCAAUGAAAGUGUUUCUUAAGGAGGCAGAAGGAGAGAUUGAGCGGGUUAAGGCUGAGGAGAAGCAGGCAUUGGGCCUAGUAAAAGAGAUUACAGACUACUUCCAUGGGGAUGCAGCAAAGGAGGAAGCCCACCCUCUUAGGAUCUUCACGGUUGUGAGGGACUUCCUCUCAAUACUAGAUAAUGUGUGCAAGGACGUGGGUAGAACGCAAGAGAGGACAAUUAUGGGGUCUGCUAGAUCAUUCCGCAUCUCUGCAAGUGCUUCUCUGCUGGUUCUCCAUAGGCAUGAAGCACAGCAAGAUGGAAAUGCGGACGAUGCUAGUCCGUGAUAAUAUAGCAAUGAGGAACAUAAUUGAACUGCCACAAAAUUUAUGCUAGGUGGAUCUAAUCAGCUGCAAAGUGGUGGCAUGCCUUUUGAGAACAUGUUUUAACUAGAUGAGAGGAAAAACAAAUCAAGUUAUUGACAUUAGCAGGUUCAUAUCUGUAUAAAGGAAAAAAUAAGCAAUUCCACAGUUGUGGAAGGCGAUAUGUACAUUUGUUCAUCUCAGAUAGAGGUAUAGCACAAAGGAAGAGCAUCGAGGAAAUAUAAAUUUCACCUGACGGAGAAUAGGAGGCAUGAGCCAUCUGCCAUGUAAUAAAGUUAUUUACUGAUAGUUGCAAAUAUGUUGUUCAUCUCGUGUAAUUAUUCUCUACUUUAUUGUGUACUGAAAGGAAACUGAGAAUGAAUUGCCUGAGCUUUCUCAAUUUGAGAGCUGACAGGUGUUGUGCAGAUAGUUUUCUAUA